UGAAAAAGGGGUGAGAAAUUGAACUCCCAUGGAGGAGGGAGAUGGGGGCAACAGUUCCAGCAGUGGAAACUGCCUUCUCCUUCAAUUCAUCCAACAACGAAGGCGGCACAAACCCUCUGCGCUUUCCACGGCCUCUGAAACCUUGUUACAAAUUAAUCCACCUUUAACCCCUUCAACCAGAGUAAUUGAAUGUGUUAAUUAUAUUGUCAUUUUAUCAUCAGGCACUGAGCUCUAUCAGGAGAGAUUAGUUAAAGCACUUGCACAAGGUUUACAAGUUCCUGUGUUGGUAUUUAAUAGCACCAUCCUUGCUCCUUAUCAGGAUCUUGAUGAUGACUCUGGGAAGGAAGGUUCUCUGGAGUCAGAGAAUAAGGAUCAUGGUGAUUCUAGUAAAAAAGAAGAGUGCACUAGCAGUUCCGGUUCAGAGUCGGAUGCUAGUGAUGAUGAUUAUAGUGGUGAAGAAGAGUGUACUACCAGUACCGAUGCAGAGUCAGAUGCUAGUGAUAAUGAAGAUACACAGGAAUCUGCUGAUGCAGCCCAGGAACAUGUCCCACAUAAUGUUGGAGAAUUGCCCAAGCAUUGGGUGACCCAAAGAGAGGGAAGCAGUGUUUUCUUCCACGUUUUCUCUGCCUCUGCCUCUGAUUGAUCUUGUCGAAGAAGGAGGUGUUAAAGGAGAACAGUGUUUUUGUCCGAAAUUGUCGUCAUCGUUGCAGGGUUCCCUCACUGUAGAUAGGGUUAGGUUAGGAUUAGGUGGAGAAGAGAAGAGGAUUGCAGUUCAGAGCAAGGAGAAGGUGAAGAGAAGAUGACCGAAAAUCAUCAUCACCCUAGACAGGGUUUAGGUUAGAUUCAGAAGGAGAAGAGAAGAUGGUGGAAGUAGAAGGACGAAAUUUCACUGUUUACGAAUGGGGAUGAUCAUAUGGUGACGAAGAAGGACCAGAUUCAGAAGCCAAGAUGAUGAUAGAUCACGUCAGUUCAGUACAAGUGCAGCAGUUGCCAGUUUUGGUGAGCACAAUGCGGCCUGUCUUCCUAUAUCCGGGGAAGACACUUUCCUUCUUGCUGCUCCAUGUUUUUCUGCUGCUGGUACUUUGUGAGAGAUUUUUUACUAGGAAGUCAGCUGUGCACGAGUUUCACUGCUCUGUUGUAUGGGAAGUUUAAAUGAAUUGCCGAAUUAGUUUUCGUUCCAGUCCAAGCUUUUUGAUUUAGGGUGCCAUCGGCUCUCCUUUAGUGACAAGCUUUUGAUUAAUGAUAUAAUUGAGACCAUGUCAUGUGAAAUGUGAUAUUUCUCUUUCGUCAAAUGCACCUGCUGCCAAGCUAACACUGAGCAGUUUGAUUCUUCGGAGAAAUCAUAAGCUAGAGUCAAAUUGAACAGUGCUUUUGCUUUCAAUAGAGUGGAAAGAAAUGGGAUCCAAGAAGGUGGAAGGAAGUCCUCCACAAGCUAUGGAAUUGAAGAAAUGGGUGUAUUGAUUCAGUACAAGCUGAUGCUCAUGAGAGUUCAAAUUAUCUCACUGUUUAUAAGUAAUUUACGAGAGACCAAACAAGGCCCUCGUGAGGAUGCUAUUACUUCAAGCUCCAAAUAGCCGUGUAUUAAGAUUAAUGUUGUUGAGGAGGGUACUAUUGAGGAAGAUCUUUGUUCAAGUGGAUGCACUACACCAAAGGCUAAAGAGUUCAGAAUUCCGAAGGUAUUUGUGCAAUAAAUGGAGAAGCAAAUUAUGUAAGGUUACAAAUUUAAAAAAAUGCAGUUAGGCUUCGCGUCAGCGUCGUUGUUGCUGCUAAUUGCCGAACAUGGAUAAGAGACGUUCAACUCUAUCUCUUUGUAUAUCUUCUAUCAUGUUACAAGUAGGUAUUUGACAGAUUUUAUUUUCUAAUCUCUUCUUCUUGGUGCAUCCAGGUAAGAUAUUUACUUAUUUGACUUAUCAGUACAUAUAAUAUACUAAUCAGUAGUACAAAAGUAACAGUAAUCAUGAUUUUCAUGUACCCACCCCAACUGCUCUCAAAGGUAUCAUACUUGGAAGUAGAUUAAAAUAAUUUUUUAACUUGAUUAUCAUUUGUUUACAUGAUUAGCGUGGGGCAAUUUUCUUGUGUAAGUAGGUCAAUUGCUUGAGUCAGUUUGUACAAUAAGGAAAUUAGUACUUUUUGUGUUUUUUUUAUGCGUAUUUGACACUUAAGUUUCUUUCUGAAUAUAUGUAUAUUGUUGACCAAAGUAGGUCAAACACUGAGAUUUUCAUCAUUUUCACUCUGAAGCUUCAUAUAUUUACUAUGGAAACUUUAACAUUGUAAUUGUGUUCAAGUUAUUUUGACAGAUAAAUGACAAUACAACUUUUGUUAUACAUAUUAAUGUUUAUAAUUAGUCGUUGAUGUCUAUGUUUCGGUUAAGCCAUAUUUUGUGUUGUGAUUAGUAAAAGUUACAAUAAUUGGUAUGUGAUUUAAAUAGAUAGAGUUAAAUAAAUUGAUAAAUAAAUAUGAUAAAUUAAGGAACUACUCGUCCGUGCAUUGCACGGAGCCGGGUUAAAUUCCUAGUGAUAUAUAUAUUUUUUAAAUUUCUUUGCUGUGGUAAAAUGAAGUACUUGGUAACUAGAGCAUAGAGUUUAACUUAAGAUAAUGGAUGUUUAAAAAUGACAUUCUGAUGCUAGUGUUAAUGCCGCCAAUCUAUUUGCGUGCUAGGUGCUUUCAAAAGUCACCCAAUGUUUACUUUUACUGUGUCUACACAGCAAUUCUAUUUUUGCAUUGUUCUGUUACCCGCAAAGGUUAUUGAGUUUCCUUUCUAAAUGAACAUGAUCACAAUUUAUACAACAACAACAACCAUGCCUUUUCCCAUUACAUAAAUCAGCCUAUUUGGUACUGCACUGUCAUAUAUUAAGUAUUUAAGUUUAUCUAUAGGUUAUUUACCUCUAAAUCUCUCAAUGAUCUGGCCUAUGAUUUUCCAAGGUAGAGGGAUGCAGUCUACCCUAAUUAUUGGACUUUCAUUGAAAAUCAUUUUGCAUAAUUCUCAAGUGUACAUGAGAUGAGUAUAAAAACUUUGAACUCAUUUGGCUGCAAUAUAUGGUUUGAUAUCUCACUCUCUACCCUCAACUCUUACGGCAGAUAACGUCUGCAACAGAUGGUUUGAUUUCUGAGCCUUCCAAGUCUAAUGAUGACAAGUCUGAUGAUAAAAUUGGAUGUCAACUAAGAAAAGGCGACCGUGUGAAGUACACAGGGCCAACUAUUCCAGCUACAGCUGAUGAUAGCAGGCCUUUAGCUAAUGGUAAGAGAGGAGAAGUAUAUGAGGUUAAUGGAGAUCGAGUCUCUGUCAUUUUCGAUAUUAAUGAGGUUGAGGUGGAAAGUGUUAAUGUUAAUAGAAAGCCACCAAUUUAUUGGAUUAAUGUUAACAACAUUGAGCAUGAUCUUGAUGCUCAAUCACAAGAUUGCUACAUAGCAAUGGAGGCUUUAUGUGAGGUUUUGCAUUCCAAACAACCUCUUAUUGUCUAUUUUCCAGACAGUUUACAUAAAUCAGUUCCUGAGUCAAUGCGAAGUGAGUUUAUUCACAAGGUGCAAAAGAUGUUUGACCAGUUAUCUGGCCCCGUAGUUUUGAUUUGCGGGCAAUUUGAUGCUCAGUCGAAUGGACAAUUCCUUUUUUCUACAAAUGAAGGGCAAAAGACAUCAAAAGAUGGUGAAACUAACAAGGCCUUUAAUGUGUUGUCUAUACAGACACCUAAGGAUGAGAAUCUACUGGCAGCAUUCAAAAAACAACUUGAGGAAGACAGGAAAAGUGUGAUUUCACGUAGUAAUUUGAAUCAACUACGGAAAGUUCUCAACGAAAAUCAGCUGUCAUGCGCAGACCUCUUGCAUGUAGAUAUUCAUGGUGUCAAUUUGACUAAUAAGCAAGAAGCUGAAAAAGUAGUGGACUGGGCAAAAAAUCAUUACUUGUCCUCAUGCCUGCUUCCUUGUGUUAAAGAAAAUAGAUUGUGUCUUCCUCAGGAAAGUCUUGAAAUCGCAAUCUCAAGGUUGAAGGGCGUGGAAACAAUGUCAAGGAAACCUUCUGAGAGCCUCAAGUACCUUCCAGAGAAUAAGCAUGAGAGUAAAAUCAUUUCAGCUGUAGUACCUCCGGGUGAAAUUGGGGUGAAGUUUGAUGACAUAGGUGCUCUUGAACAUGUGAAGAAGGCACUUGAUGAACUUAUUAUUCUUCCAAUGAGAAGGCCUGAACUUUUCACUCAUGGAAACCUGUUGCGGCCCUGCAAAGGAUUAUUACUGUUUGGUCCUCCUGGAACUGGGAAAACCCUUACGGCCAAGGCACUUGCUAGUGAAGCUGGUGCAAAUUUUAUCAACGUAACUAAUUCGACCCUUACAUCAAAGUGGUAUGGAGAAGAGGAAAAAUUAACCAAAGCACUUUUCUCAUUAGCCAGCAAGCUUGCUCCUGUCAUUAUAUUUGUUGAUGAAAUUGACAGUUUGCUUGGUGCUCGAGGUCGUGCUUCUGAGCAUGAGGCCACUAGAAAAUUGAGGAACGAGUUCAUGGCUGAGUGGGAUGGACUAAGGUCAAAAGAAAACCAAAGAAUACUCAUCAUUGGUGCAACAAACCGGCCAUUUGACCUUGAUGAUGCUGUUAUUCGCCGCUUACCAAGAAGGAUAUAUGUGGAUUUACCAGACGCAGAAAAUCGAAUGAAGAUUUUAAGAAUAAUUCUUAAACAUGAAAAUUUGGAUCCUGAUUUUCAGUUUGACAAACUUGCUAACUUGACUGAUGGAUACUCUGGCAGUGAUUUGAAGAACCUCUGUGUUGCUGCAGCAUAUAGACCUGUUCAAGAGCUCUUAGAGGAAGAAAAGAUGGGAGGCAAUAAAGGUACAACUUCUGCAUUAAGGCCUCUUACUUUGGAUGAUUUAAUUCAAUCGAAAUCCAAGGUGCGUCCAUCAGUUGCCGGUGAUUCAGUAAGCGCGAAGGAGUUGAGCAAGUGGAACGAAAUGUAUGGUGAGGGUGGUACGUACUAGGACAAAAUCAUCACCAUAAGUGGUUUUUAAGUUAUUUGGAUUCAGAGAAAAAGAAGAGAAUGAAAGGAAAAGUGUUAGUAAUGAAAAUGAGUGUGAUUUCGUUGCGAAGAGUUCACUGCAGACUUUUCAAGCGUGAUCCAUUGAGCUGAUAUAAAAGUAAUUCAGUUUAAUGUAUUUUAACGAGAUGUAUUAUCCCCUGUCUUAAUGCCGGGAAUAUCCAUUCAUAUGUUUAAUAACAGGGGUAAUUCGGUAAUUCCCCAAUUAAUUUUUGUCA